GAAUUGUUUUUCUCCGGCGGCUAGGGUUUCCGCUGAGAAAAACAUCUCGCUGCCGAGCGCCCCGACGGCCCAACCCCCGUCGCUCGUCUUCCUCCACGAGCGAGCGCCGCCACCCCCUCCCUCCCCGUCCCGCUGCCGAGCGCCCCAGCCCCCACGCUCCGUCGCUCGUCUUCCUCCUCGUGCGAGCGCCUCCACCGCAGGUAUCUAUGUCCCCUUCAAUUCUCUCGUUCCCGACCGUUUCUCCUCCCAUCACCCCACGAACAGAUCCCGCCCUUUAGGUUGCCGUUGCAUCUCCUUAAUCUUCCCCAAUUCGUAACUGAGCCAAAAAUCAAGGUAGGGCGGACCUUGCCCUACCGGGUCCUCCGCCCUUGCAUACAACCAUUUUUUUGUCAAGUGCUGUUGCACUUGAUUGAAGAUAUGAGUUGAGAGCAUCAGGUCAUUUGAAAAACCCACCAGCAAUCACGUCAUCCCAUCAAAAUAUCACAGCUGACAGGCACCUGCAUGCCUAGAAAAAGUAGGAAAGACAAACAAAUCACCUGCAUCCCAUCAAUACCUGCAUGCCAAUUGCAACCCACUGACAAACAAGUCACCUGCAUCUCAUCUCUCCGGUUACUGGCGAAGGGACCAAGAAGAUGGAUCGGCCCUAGUGGAUUUGGAUGGAUUGGCCCUACUGUUUCAAGAAAUGGAAUGCUUGGCGUUGGCAAUGAUCUGGUGGAGGUGCAAGAAAGGGAUUAUGUACUACAUCCAUUUCGGUAUACAAGGACCAUCUCCAAAAUCGCUGUAAAAAAAGGCCUAGUGAAGUGUUGGACCAAGCAUUAAGUCUCAUGUGAAAUCCGUUGGCAGCUUGGCUUCGGCAGCUUCGGCCAUCAUCAGCGGCUCGGUUUUGUCAGCUUCCGCCAUCGCUUCCGGCGGCUCGGCUUUGUCAAAGUUUGACGAGUCAAUUGAUUUGGUGUACUGAUUUUUAAGUAGUUUAUACCAGCUCCUGAAUGUAUUUUGUACCUUCAGGUUGUUCACUGGAGAUGGUAUUGCAAUAAGGUGCAACAUCCUCCAUAUUGUUAAUGAGAAAAAAAAUGGAGAGAAAGAAACCUAGUUUCUUGUUACUGGUAUUCUUUACAUGAAAGCGGUCAGGAGUUUGGAUAUUGGACUUUUACUUGUUAUCAUGGAAUGCAACAAAGAUGAAGCUCUUAGAGCAAAAGCUCUGGCUGAAAAAAAAAUGUUGGAGAAGGAUUUUCUCGGGGCAAGAAAAAUGAUUCACAAGGCACAGAAACUUUCCUCGGAGGUUAACAACAUUUCGCAAAUGUUAACUGUCUGUGAUGUUCAUUGUGCUGCUGGGACGAAGGUUAAUGGAGAGAUUGACUGGUAUGGAGUACUUCAGGUACCAGCUUUCACAAAUGAUGACACACUGAUAAAGAGACAAUACCGUAAGCUUGCCCUUUUGCUACAUCCUGAUAAGAACAAGUUCGCAGGUGCAGAGGCAGCAUUUAAAUUAGUGGGACAAGCAAACAUGACGCUUACAGACAGCUCAAAACGUUCUGCCUUUGACAUGAAAAGGAGAGCCUCGGCAAGACCAUCCUCUUACCAGCAGCCAAGGAGACCUGCUCCUGUUAGGCCAGUGAAUCUUCAUCAGGCCUCAAAUUCUGCAGGGUCACAAACGUUUUGGACCAUCUGUUCGAAUUGUGCCAUGAGAUAUCAGUACUACACUUCAAUGUUGAAGAAAGCUAUCCGCUGUCAGAAUUGUUUGAAGCCCUUUAUUGCACAUGAGUUAAAUGAGCAAACUGUUCCUUCUGGGGCAAAUCAGCAGUCUGCCGGAAUGUACAUGAAUGCAGGAGCACCACAUAAUUUUCCAGGUCCGCAGACAAAUGUCCCAGGUCAGCAGGCUUGGAACCACGCCACUCCAGGGGUUCAUGCAAAUUAUGGAUGUUGUGAUGCAGAUGUAAAACCAAAGAGGGGUGCAGAUGGUACUACAGCUAGUGCUGCAGGUGGGCGAAAAGCGAAAACAGAAUUUGCUCGGACUGCAAAACCUUCGUCAACUGCAGGGUUAAAAAGGGGCAGGAAAUCCGUGGUUGAAUCUAGUGAGUCUAGUGAUUCAGAGACCAGCACUGAUAUUGAAGAAGAGAUCACAGUAGAUGGCAGUGCUGCAAUUAAUGGAAGGCCAAGUCAACACAGCCGCAGGUCAAGCAGGCAGAAGCAAGAAGUUAAGUAUAAAGAAGAAACUGAUGAUGAGGAUGUUGAUGAUGGCAAUGAUAAUAUUGGGAUUUUUUCGUUCAAAAGGUUAAGGAAAGGUGGUAUAUUGCAUAGUGAUGAUCAAAGCAAUGAAAGAAAGUUGAAUGAAGAGAAAACUGGGCAUAAUGGUUUUGCGAAUGGUCUUAGUCGUGAGAAAGAAAAAAUAUUCAAUUCUGUCGGCAACAAUGGUGAUGAUGCUUCAUAUGGGGACACAAUUAUCUGCGCGGAUUCUGAAUUUUUUGACUUCGACCAACUUCGAGACGAAAAACAAUUUAGAGCCAACCAGAUCUGGGCUGUCUAUGAUAGUCAAGGCUGUAUGCCAAGGUUUUAUGCUCGGAUUACGAAGGUCAGCAUGACCCCGAAGUUUAUGGUACAUUUUGUAUGGCUGGAAUUUGAUCCCACAAAUAAAGCAGAGGUGGCAUGGUCUCGCGGGCAUCUACCUGUAGCUUGUGGGCAUUUCAAGGUUGGAAGUUCUGGAAGAGCUAAAGAAACUAAUAUGUUCUGCCAAACUAUUGCCUGUGUGAAAGGCAAGACAAAAGUCACGUAUGAAAUAUAUCCUAGGAAAGGUGAAAUUUGGGCCCUUUUCAAGGGAUGGGACAUUGGUUGGAGUUCAGAUGCUCACAAGCACACAGACUUUGAGUACGAAGUUGUUCAAGUUGUCUCCGAUUUCACAACAAGCACAAGUAUCAUCGUCAUGCCACUUGUAAAAAUAAAAGGCUUCACUAGCUUGUUUAUUCAGUCUAAAGAGGCAACUCCCUAUGUGAUACCUCAGGAUAACAUACUAAGGUUUUCGCAUUGUGUACCUCAUCAUUCGAUGUGUGGGACUGAAAGAGAAGGCAUUCCUGAAGGUGCUCUUGAACUUGAUCCUGCAGCGCUUCCCCUUAACUUGGAUGAGGCUUUUGCUUCUGUUGUCCUGGAAAGCAGUUCAGUAAAAGGCCAGGAGUUUGAUACCAAAUAUGCUGGUUCAUCCAGGGGAAAUAAUUCUUGCCAGGGAUCCAUGAGCGUUGGGGAGAGGCGACAAGCUACAUUCUUGCAUGCAGGGAUCUUUACAAAGACACUAAAGGAAGAGAAAGGAGAGCAGAAUACUCAAUCUCCUGUAGAAGGCACAGGUGUUGAUGAAGAAUUUGAAGAUAUUGCACAAGCAGAAUUUGAAUGUCCUGAGCCAGAGUUCUAUGAAUUUUCCGAAAUAAGGUGUCUUGAGAAGUUUGAGGCUGGGCAGGUCUGGGCUCUCUAUAGUGAUAUGGAUACGUUCCCCAAUUACUAUGCCUACAUAAAGAAAGUUGAUCUCAAGAAUAAUAAAGUACAAGCAAUUUUUCUUGAUGUUUGUCCUCGGGGAGAGGAGGAGAAAAGAUUGGUAAAAGAAGAUCGGACUGUUGGGUGUGGAAUCUUUAAGGUUUCCGGCGGCCAUUGUAUGACUUACACUGGUACAGAAUCAUUUUCUCAUCUUGUAUAUACCAGACCAACUGGUAGAAAAAAUGAAUUUGAAAUAAUCCCUCGCCUUCGUGAGAUCUGGGCAGUUUACAAGAACUGGAGGGCUGGAUGGACUGCAGAAGAUUUCAAAAAUUGCAGCUAUGAAUUGGUUGAGAUAUUUGGCCAUACUGAUUCGUCAAUACAAGUUCAGCUUUUGAGAAAGGUGGAUGGUUAUAUGGCAGUAUUUAAAAGAGAGGAAGCUGUGGAAACAAUAAGUAAGGAUGAAUACCCAAAGUUCUCUCACCAGAUCCCUUGCUUCCAUCUGACAAAUGAAAAAGGAGGCAAGCUUCGAGGCUAUUUGGAGCUUGAUCCUUAUUCAGUGCCAAAGGAGUUUCUUUCCACCGAGUCAUAAUGAGAUAGCUAAAUGUUUAUGGGAAUCUCUUAGGGGCCUUCAUGGGAGGAAAUUGCAAUGACUAAAGUUUGGAAGUUGGGCAGUCCGGAUUUCAAACGAACUGCCUUUGUUUUGGCUGUUUUGAAUUCAUAUCAUGAAGUCAUAGAAUUGUCAGACACGGGGUCUUUUUGCAAGGCGGCUAUCCAUUAUGUCCUGCAGCGGCUGUCCCUAGUCAAUUAGCAACUUAACAUUUUGCUUUAUCUAGUGUUGUUCUAGGAGUGUUCUAGACCCAUGACUGAACUGUGUCCGUCCGGUUUCUACUAGUGUACUCGGAUCUGAGUUAGCUCAUGUUGCCACCACGGCACCACCCAUUCUGUUCUUGCUGUUUCUUUCUGUGGUGAUUUCUUUCCAGCCAUGUCA